CUAAUCCAUGAUCGCCAUGUUGCCUUCCCGAACGCCUAGCCGGAGCCCGCCUCGUCGGCGAACUUCAAGAGAAAUCAACAUGUGAUCGGGGUCCGUGUCAGAGAAGAGGGGACGCGCAGAGGGGAAUGUCACUCGAAUGACGACUAUUGCUCAUCGAGCUCUUUUGGCCCGGUGCAAGCCGAUCGAGCCAAAGUCGAAGAAGUUUUGAGAGCUGACCGUAGGCGUUUUUUCCGUGUGGCCCGCAUAUCCUUCAGAGAGCUAUGGCAUCCGACCUGACCGCAAAGGUCACCCAGACAAAGGACGGCUUCCAAGUCCGAGGCAUCGAAGACAUCAACUAUGGCUUCCAAAUCGUCGACGAUGUGUUCGAUCCCAAAAAGGACCAGCUGGCUAAGCUCUAUAAGCCAUGGAAGAGGGUCCUUCUCGUCACGGACGAGAACGUUCACCGUCACUACAAUGACAAGUGGACUGCUUAUUUCGAGCACCACAACAUCGACCUCACCGUCUUCAUCAUGGCUGGCGGCGAGAAGAACAAGACGAUGACGACGAUGCUCUCGAUCGUCGACAAGUUCAACGACUUCGGCCUCAUCCGCAAAGAGCCCGUGCUCGUCGUCGGUGGUGGUCUCUGUACCGACGUCACUGGCUUCGCCUGCGCUUCUUACAGGCGCAGCUCCAAUUUCAUUCGCGUGCCAACAACGCUCAUCGGACUCAUCGAUGCAUCCGUGUCCAUCAAAGUCGGCCUCAACCAUGGCAAGCUGAAGAACCGUCUCGGUGCAUACCAUGCACCUAUCGUCACGUUCCUCGAUUUCAACAUGCUUCGCACGCUGCCAGAGGGUCAAGUCAGAAACGGCUUUGCAGAGCUCAUGAAGAUCUCAUCUGUCGCCGACAAGAGAAUAUGGGAGCUCCUCGUCCACAACGGCGAGGCUCUCAUCGACAGCCGAUUCGGUCGUGCAGAUGGUGCCAAGGAAGAACUCAAACAGAUCGCGGAUGAGAUCUGCUGGAAGGGUAUCAAAGUCAUGCUGGACCUCGAGUCGCCCAACCUUCACGAGCUUGGGCUAGAUCGUGUCAUUGCUUUCGGACAUUCGCUUUCACCGACGCUCGAAUUGGCCCCAGUCGUGCCCCUCCGUCACGGCCACGCCAUCAACAUCGAUAUGGCUUACUUCUGCAGCGUCGCUCACCAUCGCGGCAUGCUCAGCGAAGCCGAGCGUGACGAGUACCUCGAUCUAUCGCACUCUGUCGGCUUGAGCAUUGAUCACGAACUCUUCACGGAAGAACUGAUUGAGGCUGGUACGGAAGCUAUCCUCAAGACACGCGAUGGCAAGCAGCGCUUUGCCGUGCCGCAGCCCUAUGGCACGUGUCACUUCCUCAAUGACGUUACAUACGACGAAUUGUUUGACGUCCUCAAGAAGCACAAGGCACACGUCAAGGCACGUUACGGUGGUGGUGUAGGCAAAGAAGCUUAUGUCGACCAUGGCGAUCUUGGCAUGGAUCCCGACGUACUCAGACGAGAAGCCAAGAACACUAAGCCCGCUGACGCUGCUGUCAAAGCCGGCGCAGUGAAGGGCAUGAACGGUCAUGUCGCCAAUGGCGACAAUGGCGCAGGCGCGAUCAACGGUCACAACGAGAUUACCACGGGCAAGCCCACAAGCUAGAUGUCCACAAUAGACGCACGGCAAAAAUGAUGUAGCAAAACAAAAAUGGCUUGACUCAGCGCGAGUCGAAGCAGCGAUAAGGUCGAUCUAUCCUCCUGCAAAUGUUACAUGCAUUGCAGACGUAGUACAUCAACACGUGAAAAUGCGCGAUGUGCUCACGUUGGCGCGAUCCCAUCCGCGGCCACUGAACGCAACGCGCAGAAGGAACCACGGCCAUUGAACAUGUGCGAGCACGAAGAAUGGCAGUGGAUCGCAGGCAUCAAAGACUGCGUCUUUCUCUAGACCAACGGCGUGCCGACCCAGUAGCGCAAGGACAUUCAU